UUUUCAAUUGAUUAUUGGUUACUUUUUAAGCCGAUAGAAUGAUUUGUAAUUUUACAGUACAAUAUUACAAAGAGGGUGACCAUUUGAUAAACAAAAAAAAUAAGAUCAAUAAACAAAAUUUCAUUUGAGAAAUUGAAUAAAAAUAUGAAUUUUUGUUUAGUUUAACUUUCAUCAGAACUUAAGGAAAAAAAAUUUCCUCACAAUUCCUUUUUAAUAUAAAGAAAAGAUAAAAAUAAAUAAGUGAAACUCAUGUGACAACAAUUUGAUAAAAAAAAAAAUCAAAUAUUUUUAAUUGGCUAUGAUAUGAUCUUGUUACUUGCACAAAGCUCGUAUCUUGAUCCCGGACUUAACUCAUUUUGAUUUGUCUCAAAUAAACUCCAAAAAGUAAGAUGGACGUUGGCUCCAAAGACUUAAACAGCAAUCUACCAGACUCACUUAUCUGCCACAUCUUGUCUUUCCUCUCUGCUUCAACUUCAGUUCUGUCCAAACGGUGGCGCCAUCUUCUUCCUUUCGUAUUUUGAUGAGCAAGAGUUUGGUUAGGCUGAGAGUAUCUGGUACAGAUGAGUUCACUAUUAUUGAUGUCGGUGAAGUUUCUCUUUCUCUUCCAAAGCUUAAUACUUUGCAUAUGAAUGAUGUUGGGUUUGCUGAUGAGAGUGGUGCUGCAUUUGCCAAGCUAGUUUCUUCUUGUCACGCGCUUGAGGAGUUGGUUAUGGAUAAAAUAAUGUGGGACUUUCGGGGUUCUUGCUCUGUCUCCAACUCAAGUCUCAAGAGAGUGACAAUCUAUUCUGAGAACAUUGAUGAUGAGGAUCCAAAGAGUGUGUCUCUUUCAGCACUCCCAAUCUCUCUUUAGAAUUUAGUGAUAUUGUUGCGGUUAAGUAUCCCAAAGUGAGCUUUGAUUCAUUAGAAUGAGACCUGAUCAGGUCUUCAGGGAAUGCAUUAUGGAGAGACAAAUCAAUGUUAAGAUGAUAGAUACGGUUUCAAGGAAACAAACAAAUGUUGGGAUGGUGAUGGAGAUAGAUGUAUAUGCAAUCCUUGGGAAGGCACUCCUAUUUGGCUGUCAUCAAGUCCAGUGAAGAAGCUGAAGGUAUUUGAGGUUUGGGGAAAUCUGUAGUUACUUCAGUGAAUGGAUAAGCAGAUGGAUCUGAUCAAGUACUUUGUGGAAACAAUGUCGAAUCUUGAAGAAGUGAAUGCUGUACUAUAUCUCCCACUAAUAGUAGCCUGAAAAAGUAGCCUCAACCAAAUGCAAGAUCCAAGUAAUCUCUGAUGAAAUUAGCUUCUCAUCUACUGUAUACUCUCCACUUCAUCAACAGUUGGACUUGUUUUCAUUAGAAACACCUUCCUAGUUGAAGAGAAGAUUAGUUAGUUUUAGUCUUGUGAUUUGUCUCUGCUAUCUCAGCUUCUUGAUAUGUAUUUUUUUGUCAUUUAUUUGGUGAAUAUCUUAUUAUUUAUAGCUCAGAAGAUUUCUUCGAAUUUUUUUUAUCCAAAAUAUUUAAAAUUAUCCGAUAUUUUUUUAUCUAAAAUUCUAAAACAUUUUAAUAUUCAAUCCCAAAAAUUCAAAUCCAUCUUUUGGACUGAAUUAACCAAAAUAAUUGGAUAUAAAAUUAAUUAGGAUAUUAACCAAUUCCUAAUUUUGUUAUUUGAACCACUAAUCGAAUCGAAUCGAAAUCAAAACAAAUUUAUAUCUAUAAAACUGAAAAAAAAAAAACCAAAAACUGAAAUAAACCAAACCGAACCAAGACUUGAAAUACCCAUGCCUCCUCAACAAGAUAGAUCGAAUUCAAGAACCAAAAUCCAGAAGCGAUCUGGGCUAACCACUCACAACUUAAACGACGUCGUUUACCGUUGGAAUACACAUCCCGCCACAUUGAUCUCUCUCACUCACUGACGGCAACCAUAGAAGAAAAACAAACCCUAGUUUUCAUUUUCAAGGUUCCUCCCACCACCACCACCACCACCACCACCCACAUGUUGUAAGUCUUGUUGAUCUCUUUGUCCGAAAAAAAAAAGAUGGAAGAUAUGUUCAACCGUCUGCCAAACCCUCUGAUAUCGCACAUACUCUCUUUCCUCCCGACAAAGGAAGCAGCUUCCACAUCGGUUCUCUCCAAAAGGUGGCGUCUUUUGUUCGCCUCCGUGACAAAUCUCGAUUUCGAAGGCGAUGAAGAGAGUCCAAGCUUUGUGGGUUUUGUGGAUAGAGUGUUGGCUUUGGGAGGGAAUGAUUCAAUAAACAGAUUCUCUCUCAUCUUUACUGAUUAUCCUGAUCCAGAUACCGUCACUGCUUGGAUACUGAAUGUGCUGAGACGCGGUGUUUCGGAGCUUGAGCUAAGCGUCUCUGAUUACCCCUUGCCUCCUGAGAUCUUUGUUAGUAAGAGUCUGGCGAAGUUGAAGCUAGGAGGGGGAGAUGGUCUCAGUUUCAGCGCUGAUGUUAAGAAGGUGUAUCUUCCGAAGCUUAAGACACUUGAGAUUGAAUCUGUUGUGUUUGAAGAAGAUGGUGUUGGGUUUGCGAAGCUUCUCUCCGGCUGUCCUGUCCUUGAGGAGUUGGUUCUGGUGAAUAUUGGGUGGGAGCAUUGGAAGUCUUGCUCUGUGUCUGCUAAAAGCCUCAGGAGAUUGAAGUUUUUCUGUGAGGAUAAUGAUGAGAAUCCGAAGAGCGUGUGUUUUGAUACUCCGAACCUUGAAUACUUGGAGUAUUCUGACAAUAUUGCGAAGAAGUAUCCUAAAGUUAAGUUCAGGUCUCUUGUUGAAGCUCAUAUCAGCCUUAGACUCACCGAAGAUCAGAGUGCAGAUGCUGGCUCUUCAGAAGAAGAUGAAUAUUUAUUUGAAAGUGAUGAUGAUGAGGAGAAAGAGAUGGUUGGUAAUGCGACAAACUUUUUCAAGGGGAUAUGCAAUGUUCAGAUCCUCUAUCUAUCUGCCAAAACACUUGAGGUACUUGCGUUCUGCUGUGAAGCAACACCUGUGUUUAACAACCUGAUUCAGUUAACGGUUGAGAGUGAUGAAGAAAAUGGAUGGGAUUCAUUGCCAGGUCUGCUAAAGAAUUGUCCAAACCUAGAGACACUUGUUUUCAAGGGUCUUGUCCACAAAAGUACUAAAGGAUGUGGGAACAUGUGUGCUUGUAAACCUCUGAAGAAUCCUUCUUGCCUUUCCUCUUCUGAUGUCAAGGUGCUAAAGAUCAUUCUGUCUACACACAUUGAUGAUGAUGGAAUGGAAGAAGAGCAGAUAAAGCAUUUCUUGGAGAAAAUGCCGCGGCUCGAACAGUUGGUAGUUUACUUCAACGAAUCAUAUGAGCCUUCCGUGUUUGAGUUAUCCAAGAAGCUUCAGAGUGUUUCUACAAUAGCUUCACCAAAGUGCAAUCUCCAAGUGAUCUCACAGAAUCUUAGCUUGUCCUCUACUUUGCCUUGUAGCUUGACGAAGAAAUGGUCUGCUCCUCCAAAUGAAGAGUAUACCUGGUUUCUCAAGGCUGUGACCUAAACUCAAAGCAACCGAGGUUUCCUUUUGCUUAUUGUCUUUUGAACUCUGCUCAGUAUCUUUGGUUUUUAUUGACUGUUUUGUUAUGCUUUUGCUGUACUUUUUGAAAUUGAGGAUUGCUAAGUUUAUGUCUUAUGUUGAUUGUUGAAUCACAAAUGUUUUUCUGAAUUCAUAUUUGAUAGCUAACUCGCAGGAGAAGCCAUUGUUAUU